GCGCUCAGCCCCGCCCCGAGCGGCGGUGGAGGCCUGACCUCGGUCCCGCCCGGUGCGAGGCGGCCCCCGCGGCGGGGCUGUAGUGGCGGCAUGACGGUGCCCUGGGCUCUGCCCGCGCCCCUCAGCCCGGCGCAGCUGAAGCGCCUGGAGCAGCACCGCUACAGCGCGGCCGGGCGCUCGCUGCUGGAGCCGUGGCUGCAGCCGUACUGGGCCUGGCUGGUAGAGCAGGUCCCACUGGGGCUGGCCCCCAACGCCAUCACCCUGGGCGGCCUCCUGUUGAACUGCCUGACGGCGCUGCCGCUCAUCGCCUGCUGCCCCAGCGCCACCGAGCAGGCACCUUUUUGGGCAUACAUUCUGGGUGCAUUAGGACUUUUUAUCUACCAGUCUCUGGAUGCCAUAGAUGGGAAGCAAGCCAGAAGAACGAACAGUAGUUCUCCUCUAGGAGAACUCUUUGAUCAUGGUUGCGACUCUGUUUCCACAGUUUUUGUUGUCCUUGGAUCGUGCAUAGCAAUCCGACUAGGAACAAAUCCUGACUGGUUGUUUUUCUGUUGUUUUGUGGGACUGUUCAUGUUCUAUACUGCUCACUGGCAGACAUAUGUAUCAGGCAUACUGAGGUUUGGAAAAAUUGACGUAACUGAAGUUCAGAUAGCCAUAACAAUGCUGCUCUUGACAUCUGCAUAUGGUGGAACAGCAAUAUGGGACUAUAAGGUCCCUUUAGUGGGCUUAGAAUUGAAGUUCCUUGCAGUUUUUGGCAUAUUAUGUGGAACAGCACUUUCUUCGUUCAAUUACUUCCGUGUCAUCUUUGGUGGAGGAAUUGGAAAGAACGGAUCUACAAUAGCAGUGGCUUACAUGACAAAAAGUAAAAUCUGUCUUCAGGACACUGCAUAUAUUGGGCCAGGACUUCUAGUUUUGGAUCAGUACUUCAAUAGUUUCAUUGAUGAAUAUAUUGUUCUAUGGAUAGCAUUGUUCAUAUCCUUGUUUGAUAUGCUGAGAUAUGCCACUGGUGUAUGCCUACAGAUUGCUGCUCAUCUUCAUAUACAUGUCUUCCGAAUUUCAUCUCAUCAAGCUCCUGAACAGGUUCAAAACCAUAAUGACUGAUUAAAUAGGUCAAGAACAAGAGAAGAAGCAGUUAGGGGAAUAUUGAAUGAAGCAGCCUCUCUUUUUUGGGGAAGAGAUUAAGCUUUUCAAGAAAAUAGUUUUAUGAGAAAGCUCACUCUAUCCUAGACAUUAUCAGGUGUUAGAGUUACGAAGUAUAAAGUCCUGCAGAUUCUAUUGUGAUUGUUACUUUUGAACCAGGACGUAUUUUUCCCCUGUGUUUUAGAGCAUGAAUUCUGCAUUUGAAACUUUUGCCAUUUCCUGUUAGGUAACCUUAAUUUUGUACUUCUGGUCUGGUGAAUGCAGGCUGCAAACCAAGGUGCUACCAAUCAGAAUUCCAAGAGGAAUUUAACUUUUCCCUAAUCUUCUGUUAGUUUUUAAAGUCUUCUUGGAACUGCUGUGAAGUGGUAGUCAGGUAUCAGUGAAUUCUGUACUGCAUUAUUAAGGCAUCUGUGAGGUAAAACUACGCAUUAAUCUCUGUUCCAUUAUUUCUAAAGAAAAAGCUACUGGAUCAGUAGGAUGAAGGAGGUAUAGCUCAGGAAAAUUUUCUUCUAUGUAAAAAUACUAUGAAGUACUAUGAAGUUAUGAGUGCCUUUAGGAUCAUGGAUUCUCUAGUAUCUAAGUACCAUAACCUACAUGAUUAAAAACAAUUUUAGUUCGUGUUUUCUUUCGAGGCCAGUUUCUGGUUUUAUAGUCCCAGUAAGAUUUGCCUCCUUGUACUCCAUCAUUAUCUAGACUAUAGGUAGUUGUGUACUUUGGGGGCACUUACUUUACCUACCUUAACACGCAUCUGAAACUAUACAAGUGAAUGACCAAGUUAAUUUAUAAAUGACUGUGACUGACUGUGACAAUGCAGCCCAUCCAUAUGUAACUCCCUCUGAAGUAUAUUUGCUAUUGCUGUGUUCAUCUAUCUUAUAAUCUGUUCUGUAGCUGUCACUGUACAUUAUCCAAAUGGGAAGUCAGGCCCACUAUUAGCUUUUCUCUUUCAUUAAGAACAGACUCACUGGCUAACAUAAUGUGCCUAGCUAAAGGGCUGAUGUUGGCAUUAGAGAAAAGCUGAAUGAAAAUAGCUUAUCACCUACAUGAGCAAAUCAUGACUUGCAUGCAAACCCUAUAAACUUAAACUCCUUUAAAAAGGUACAUUUUGAAUAUGAUUUUUGUAAAGCUAUUGAAUUUGUCUGUUACCACUUUCAGUUGCUGAUAUGUAGCUGAGCUGUGAGUUCAUAAAGUCCUUCCUGAACUAUAAAAUAGAGUGCUAUGAUUUGUUUUAAAAAUAUUACCACUGCAGCUUCCUAGUUGCACAUUAAUUCAAAAAGACUUCCUGAGGUGUUCAAGGAACUUUAAAAGUGGUAUAUUGUCUGCUAAAUUUGGAGGGAAUAAAUACUGUCUACUAAACUCCUGCCUAAGAAGGAUAUGCUGAUAGACUUGAGAGAUAACUGUAACAGUUAAUGCUGAAGCACCAGUACUCUAAAUGACUAAUAUCAAUUCCAGAUGAAUCCUACUACUCCUGUUUGAGGCUGUGAAAGACAGAGCAUCUAUACAUGCCCUUAGCCUGAGCCCAGCCCGCAGGGAAAUAGAAGAUGGUAAAGACCAGUUCAGUUUUUCUGAAUACUGUAAACAAAUUAACUACGUAAGGAAAAUAUAUAGGCAGCUUUUUUUAGAGUGAGAAGGUUUGGGUCCCCAGAAUGCUCAGAAAUGUCAUGCAGUAGUAGGUGUAAGUUUUAAGGAUAUGAUUGAAGUAUGUGGAUGAUAGGAAACAAAUGCAGAAAUCGGUCAGAAAACCAGAAACAUGAGGCAACACUAACAAACAACCUAGCACCAAGGAGAGGAAACAGGAAGUUCUGACUGUAUUUCACAGCAUCGGCUAAUUACCCUUGGAGGGCUGAGAAUCAGCAGCACUGUUACAAAGCAGCAGUUACCUGUUACCUACCAGAGGCCCAUAUUACCUCAUAUAUCCUUCCAGCAGUAUAACUUCUGUGUUUGCUCCUUCUCUGAGUCCUAGCAGACACAGAACAAAGACAGCUCCAUAACGGUUGCUUGUUCAGCUGCAACCUAAUACCUGAAGUUAGUACGUAAAUUAGCCAUCACUAAUCUGGCUCCCAGAACUGGAAAACCAUCAUCAAAUGGCUUGAUUCUGAACUAAAAAUAUUAGAAGAAUCUGUAUGGACUGGUUUUGAAAUACAUUGUUACAAAAACAUCACAUUUGUGCGUGUGGUGUGUGGAUGGUUUUUGUUUUAUCUACUAUUGUAUUAAGUCUAAGCAUUAAAUAUGUUAGGAACUCCCUAAUUUGUAAAGGUGGAUAUUCAGGCAUAACGGGUUUCUGUAAAAAAAAACCUGCAUGCAAGCUAAGCUUUAAUUUAUACUGAUCUACUGUAAUGAGCUACAUUGAAGGAUAAAUGCUUUACCUUUAAAACUUAGGCCUCUCUAAAUUGCUAGUCAUUUAGAAUUACAAGAAAUAAUAUUCCACCUCAAAGGCUUGUAAUAACUAGUACUAACUAAAUGAGCUGAAUUACUUCUAGUGGUGGUUCUACAAGAACUAUACAUCCCAAUAUGCACAAUGUUUAAUUAUGCUUUCUUAAGCAGAUGUAAUAUAAAGCUGUGAUACUCAGCUGUAAUUUAACUGAAGAAACCUGCUUUUGAGAAAAAUUACAGCAGUUACUAAAUCCGUUACUAGUACAAAGAUAUUACAAUGCCUAGGCUAACAAAAGAGUUAACAGAAUUUUCUUUAAUUUACCAUAAUACACAUCACUGAACAAUCUUACAUGAACUAUAUCAUACUCUGUGAACAUUUAUAACUGCUAAUAUGUCAGCAGACUAAAUUUUGAAACUAUGAAAAUCUUGAAGUCUGCAGCUUGUGAGAACUGUUUCUAUUUGCACAAUGUAUCUAAAGGCCUAAAGUUAUUGCUUAAAACCUGGGUAAUGCAUUUUUCAUUAAUUCUGCCCACUGUUACAAUUUGUCAUUAUAAAAAGUGAAACAAUUGAAACUCUUCAGUGCUAUUGAAAGUGAGUAUUCAUCAGUUAACAAUUGGACAUACAGUAAAUGGUUUGAGGUCCAUAUCAUGUUGUGUCCCCCCCAAAAUAAAUUUACUAAGAUACUUAUUUGUAACAUUAUCAGACACAAGAUUAGAACAAUCCAUGAAAACAUUUAAUAGAAACUUUAAAGCAUUUAAAUCUUAACAUGUUUAUCUAUGGCUAAUGCCUAUACUUGUAUCAUGUUACUUAGGUACAAGUUGUUUCUCCAUUGAGCCAUCAGAAUAACAUGGACUGAAGAGACUUGCGAACAGUUGCCAUCUCCUGCUGUUGCUGUUACAAGAAAAGGAGAUAAUACUGAACAAAUGCCAUAUCAAUAAGAUUCCUUUGAGCCAAUUAAAAGAAUGUAAAAUUAAUUUUUUAUAGAAUGUUCUAUUUUUGCACUAACUUUGUAAUAGAUCUGGUACUUACAGUGUCCAUCAUAAUCUUCUUCUGCAACAUAGUCAUUUCUUUGCGAAGUUCAUUUUGUACACCAGAUAGAAGAUUUUCAUUGCUCUUCUCCAGCUCUUCCAUGCUCUGAAAUUAAGGAUAGUCUUAACUCUUCAAUGUCAAAGGGUUAAUUUCAAACAAAUAAACCACUAUUCAGACUACUACGGUUUAGUUUUUUACAGCUGCAGUGGUCACUGAUAGUUGAGUAGGUUUGUCAUGAACUCGACAGACAAAUCAUACACGACUUUGUAUUCCCAUCUGUGUUCCUGUUUAAACAAUAUGGGCCCUGUAAAGGAAAUGGUCCCCUCCUCUCAGUAUCUGUGAGGUCGCAGCUAGUUAUCCUGCAUUUCAAUAAAGAUAAGAGUUCUACAAAAAAGAUUAAGCAGACAUCUGUCAGGAAUGAUAGGGGUUUGGUAUGACAGCCUUGGAGACUUGAAGUAAGGACUGUAAAACCCAUUAAAUUUCCAUCUCUACACUUAUGCCCAAAUAAGCCAAGUAAAGGUCACUGGUUAUCUUUCCCUCUGUAUGUACAAUUAUACCUAACUCUGUGUAUGUGUGGAGCUGCAUUUUCCUUGACUUCUAUUUAGUUAAUCUUAUUUGAAGCUUGAUUUUUAUCUUUUGGUCUUCUUUGAAGAGAAGAAUCAAAGUAAUACUUGACCUCCUAUUCACUUUUUAAUCUUUGAUGAAGAUUUUUUUGACAUUUUGGGAGUUAUAAUUUAUUAAUGUUUCUGUAAUAUCCUCUGUACACUUCAACUAUCUUAAACUAAGAGCUGUUCUAUUUCAGAUUUAUUGUUAUAAGCUACCCAACUUGAAAAAAAAACGUAUUUAUCAUAAGUAACUGCAAUUUCAAAAAGGGACCAGUUAGGUAAUUACUUGAACAGAAAUUAAGGUUUGUCAGAAACUGACAGACUUGAAUCUGCCCCAUGUACUGGUAUAUACUGGAGUCCACCCAUCUAGAAAGCAGCUUGGCAGGAAAGAACCUGGGGUUCCUGGAGGGCACAGGUGAAGCCAGCAGUGUGCCUUUGCAGGAAAGGCAGCCAAAUAGCUCCUGGGCUGCAUUAGGAUGAGUGUUGUCAGCAGGCAAAGAGGGGUGAUAUUUUGACUCCAUUCAACACUGGUGAGACCACAUCUGGAGUGCUGGGUCCAGUUCUGGGAUCCCCAGUAGAAGAGACAUGGACAUACUGAACAGAACCCAACAAAGGGCCAUGCAGAUGAUUAAAGGUCAGGAGCAUGUCUCUUACAAGAGCAGACUGAGAGAGCUGGAACUGUUCAGCCUGGAGAAGAUAAGGUUCAGGGGGAAUCAUACGUAUAUACACAAGUACCUGAAGGGGUAGGGAGGAUGUCCAAAAAAAGACUGAGCCAGGGUCUUGAGGUGCCCAGUGACAGCACCAGAGGCAGCGGGCACAAACAGGAAGUUCUCACUAAACAUCAAGAAACACUUUUUUACUGUGAGAGUGACUGAGCACUGCACAGGCUGAGCAGACAGGCUGUGGAGUCUCCAUCCUUGGAGAUAGCUCAAAAACUAUCUGAGCAUAAGUCCCGAACAAGCAACUCUAGGAAACCUUGCUGAACCACGUGUGGUCCGGACCAGAUGAUAUCCAUGUCUGCCAGCUUUAGCCCUUCAGUGUUUCUAUGGUGCUGUGCCUCUGCGUUUGUUAAAAAAAACAAAUUCAGGGCACUUUUUCUUUCCUCACAGUUUAGAUUUCUAAUAGCUUACUUAGAAAAAUUAGGGGUUGAAGGAAGUUCUGGGAACAAAGUGUUUAGUUCUUAAUGUAAAGUUACAAGGAAACUUUUUCUUGCAAAGAAGUCAAACUUUUUAGUAGUUAUGUUUUUGUUUGGGUUUUUUUUUUGUUUGCUGUCUAGUAUAUUAGUCACUUUGUUAAAAAAAAGCAACAAAAAAUCAUACCACAAUUGAUUGGUAUGAAUCAUGUCUUUGAAAUACAUUAUCUCUGUAAGGACUAUCCAAAAACAAAAAAAGGUGUUUGCAGGGAAUCCCAGCAAAUAAAAAAGUUAUGCAUGAAGCAACAAGAAAGUUAAAUGGGUCUGAUUACAGAUUAAUCCAGCUGGGCAAGUUUUCACCAUAAAGCAUUAAUUCCAUCAGAUUCUUCCUGUUAACAUUUUAGUGAAUGUUUACCUUGAAUACCAAGGUUACAGAAAGGGACAGCCUCUCCAAUGAAUGUUGCUUAGGAAGAGAUGAAGUGAGUUCUAACUGGGCAAUUUUAAGGGAAUUACAAUUUACUUUAAGGUCACUUUCUAACAUGAGGCAGCAAUCGCUAGAAAGGUUAAUGACAUAAAAAAAUUGUUUUCUAUUUCUCAUGAUGGGGGAUGCACCUGCCAGCAGUAAUGAAAGCCAAAUGAAUUGCAGCCUAAGAUGUAUUUUUACUAGAUUGUCAAGUUUCAUUGGUUUAAAUAUACAUGAAAAAUCUAAGGGAAUAAUUAAGACAAAAAUCUUGAUGAUUUAACUGACCUACAUAACCUUUCAACUGGUACAAAACCAUAUUCUGUUUAGAAAGUAUGCUCUGAGGGUUAUGCCUAGAUAUUUGAAACAGGCGAGCCAAUCAGAUGCCUAUUAGAAUACAUUUAAGUAAAUUAUGAUGCAAAGUUUAUGCAUGUGUAGAGAGAACAAGCUAUAUUCAUAGCAAAUAAGGGAAAGAUACUAACAUGAAUAUUCAAGCAAGGCUAUUAUUUUCCUUAAAUGAGCCUUAAAUCUCUAUGUCAUAAAGGCUGAAAUUAUACAGCUUUUUUAAUUGAUAUGAUAAGGAUCGACUGCCUUGUAAGAAGAAAACUUACUGUACCUUUAAGAACUGCUCAUAGAGCUGCUUAAUGGUUUUCAGUCUUUGACUUUGAACUAUUCUUGACUGUUGAAAAACUUUUUGUUGUUGACGAAGCAUAUUCUGAGGCAGAAGCAAAAGAAAAAACUAAUGGCAUUAGUUAGCCAAAAACGCUUGGACAGCAACACUAAUGUAAUUUAUCAGAAUCAGAAAUUAUGUCUUCACUGGAAAUGUGGGUCAUGUAAUAGAGAUCUCUGCCUGAAAAGUUACCCUUGUUCUUAUUAAUGAAAGAAAGACUGAAGACUGGAUUAAGCCCGGAGUUACCUCCUGAGGUCCCUUCCACCCUGAAUUAUCCCUGUGAGACACUAUAAGGAUUGCUGUCCAGCACAGUUCUCGAGGGUAUCCCUGGGAAAUGUCUUGACUAGGGAAAAGCAAAACUUGCAUGAUGUUGCUGUAUUUGUACUCCCAACGUUUGCAAUUACAUUCCAUCAUAAUAGCUCCUAUCCCCUUUCAAUGAUCAAAUUCUCAUACAUUUACUAUAUACAGGCAUAUUUUUAAGAAGUGCAUGUGAAGACAACUAUUUUCUUUACUCAUGUGUUCCCCAAACCCAAAGACUAUGGAUGCACAGGAACAACAUAUGACUUUCUUCUCCAUAAAUAGUCUUGGCUUUUCUCAAUCCAUUCCUAGCCUAGGGCAUCACUAGUCACCAUUUAUAAACUUGCAGUACAGUUGAUAAAUGGCACCCCUCUUCACUUUCAAAGACAUCCCAAAACUUAUAUUUACUUUGAGAGCCACCAAACUUGGAAGAUUUUUUUUUU